GCAGGUCCCGGAGGCCCGAGCCGCGUCCAUGUGCCCGCCUUACCUGGCCGCCGGUCCCAGGAGCUGAGCGCAGGGUUUCCGGGCCCCAUCCACCCAGCGUCGCCUGCCUGCCCCUCGUGCCCCGGACGGCGCCGUGGGAGGCCGGUGCCCCCCUGGAUCCUUCGGGCCGCCCGCACCCGCCCGUUAGCAUGAUGUCUUACCUCAAACAGCCCCCCUACGGCAUGAACGGGCUGGGGCUGGCCGGGCCCGCCAUGGACCUGCUGCACCCCUCGGUGGGCUACCCGGCCACCCCUCGGAAGCAGCGUCGGGAGCGCACCACCUUCACCCGCUCGCAGCUGGACGUGCUGGAGGCGCUUUUCGCCAAGACGCGCUAUCCGGACAUCUUCAUGAGGGAAGAGGUGGCGCUCAAAAUCAACCUGCCCGAAUCCAGAGUCCAGGUCUGGUUCAAGAACCGGCGGGCCAAAUGCCGCCAGCAGCAGCAGCAGCAGCAGCAGCAGGGCGGGAGCGGGAGCGGCGCCAAGAGCCGCCCGUCCAAGAAGAAGGCCUCGCCGGCGCGGGACAGCUCGGGCUCCGACAGCAGCGGCCAGUUCACUCCCCCGGCCGUGUCCAGCUCGGCCUCGUCCUCCAGCUCGGGCUCCGCGGCGUCGGGGAACCCGGCGGGGCUGGGGCCCAAUCCUGCGGCCGUCGUGGCGGCGGUGGCGUCGGGGGGCGGCUCGGGGGCGUCGUCCAUCUGGAGCCCGGCCUCCAUCUCGCCCGGCUCGGCGCCGCCGUCCGUGUCGGUGCCGGAGCCCAACGCGUCGUGCAGCAUGCAGCGCUCGGUGGUGGCGUCGGCCUCCCCCUACCCCAUGGCCUACGGCCAGGGCGGCGGCUACGGUCAGGCCUACCCUGGGCCUCCCUCCUCUUCCUACUUCAGCGGCGUGGACUGCGGCUCCUACUUGGCGCCCAUGCACUCCCACUCUCACCCGCACCCUCACCCUCACCCUCACCAGCUGAGCCCCAUGGCUCCCUCGUCCAUGGCGGCCCCCGCGCCCCCUCCCCACCACCCCCUGAGCCAGUCCUCCGGCCACCACCACCACCACCACCACCACCACCACCACCAGGCCUACGGCGCCGCCGCCGCCUCCCUGCCCUUCAACUCCCCCGACUGCCUGGACUACAAGGAGCCCGGGGCCGCCGCCGCUGCCGCCGCCGCCGCCGCCGCCUGGAAACUCAACUUCAACUCCCCCGACUGUCUGGACUACAAGGACCAGGCCUCCUGGAGGUUCCAGGUCUUGUGA